CAAAACAGCCGCCAUUAGCACUAAAUGGGGUUGAGUUGUUGUUGUGUGUCACUAAAGAUGGAACCCCGUCGAUAGCGUUAUCACUCGAUGAGUUAUCUGUCGAUUGGACAUAUUCUGCAUUACACAUUAAUACGCAGUAGCAAAUUUUAACAUGACCAACACUCCAGCAACCACAAGCGCCGGACCAGUCCUCCGUGGCCUGCAUAAUGCCACCAUUAAGCGUAACUUGGCUGUGGCGCUCGGUCUGACCGCAAUCAUCACUGUUGCCUACAAGGUUCUGGUGAACGAUCCCAAGAAGGCUGCCUAUGCCGAGUUCUACCAAAAAUACGACGCGAACAAGUCUUUUGAGCGCAUGAGAGCCAACGGCCGUUUCCAGUCCUGCUAGACACCCAAGGCCUAUAUUCUAUAUAAUAAACCUAAGUCAUAUAGAUGUUGCUAAAGUGUGUGUAACGCCUCUGUUUUGAAAGCUAAAUAUACUUCAACUCGGUAUA